AUGGCGUCUCCAAGUUUCAUUUACCCUAACCUUAUGCUCAAUCCUGUCUCCUUGGUUGAUCCUUUUCCUUCCCAGUGGCGCAUUACGGCCAAAGUCAACGAGUACGCUUAUGAAAUGGAAGAGAAUGAAUUAGAAUAUGGAUUCCGUGUUCCGUGUUUUCGGGCAAAGUUUCACUGUGAAGAGGUUGGCAAUCCGGGCCACCAAGCGUAUAUGGUACUUUAUAUGCAAAUCCCUUUUACAGGGACCGAAUAUACAUCACCAGACAUGCGGACUCAGCAAGCCUCAUCUGACCUCCCUGACGUUGCACUUGAGGAGUUUAAAUGCUAUCAAACGCUAAAGGAUAUACACUGUGAGCAUACACCUACACUAAUCGGCUCCAGUAAAGAAGCCCAAGGUCCGGAUGGCUGGGUCCCCGGUGGCUAUCUGUUUUAUUUCGCGUUCACCAAAGUUCCAGGGGUUCGGUUGAAGUCAGGAGUUAUUGGCAAAGGGCUUUUUUACACGCUACCAUUACCUCAGCGAGAUCAAAUCCGUGAGGCCUUCAAGGUUGCAUACACAACCGGCGUCCGCCCCCAAUGGGUUGCGCAGGACAGUCUCUUCUGGGACGAUACUACAGGAAAAGUGUUAGUCCACGAUCCACUUCGUAUUAUCUUUGCAUUCGUCUCAUAUUUCUAUGUGCAGCUAACAACCAGUCCGGGGGAAUGGGAGCCACGCUUGUGGAAACACUGGUUUUUGGAUGAAGGCCGUAUAACUGGUGGAAAGACCAUGAAUCAAUAA